AUGCUCAGAACAGCCUCAUUCAGAGUGUGUGGCCAGCUUCCGAGGAGGUUGUUUCAUACAUCCCGGCUGCUGCUGCUGGCAGAUCCAUACAAGACGUUAGGCGUGGACAAAAGCUCGUCCUCCUCUGAUAUCAAAAAGGCCUACUACAAGCUGGCGAAAAAGUACCACCCAGACAUCAACAAAGAGGAAGGUGCCGAAAAGAAAUUCCAUGAUCUCCAGGAAGCUUACGAAAUCCUAAGCAAUCCCGAAAAGAAGACCCAGUUUGAUCAGUACGGAACGAAUGGGUUUGACCCCAAUAGCGGAGCCACUGGGGGCAAUCCGUUUGGUGGAAACCCUUUUGGCGGCCAAGGCGGUAAUCCGUUUGCUGGAGGAUUUGGCGGAUUUGAAGAUCUAUUUGCUGAUGCCUUUUUCAGACAAUCGGGUCGCUCCAAGAACUCGAACUACGUUCAACAUUUCACUGGACGGGACAUCGAGGUGUUGAAGACCAUCAGUUUCAAAGAGGCCGUGUUCGGGACGACAACCACCGUGGAUUACACAGCUUAUGAUAAUUGUUCGUCAUGUUCGGGAUCUGGGCUGAAGAAGGGAAAGAUGAAGAGCACGUGUAAGACCUGCGGAGGCACGGGAUCCAUGACCCAGGUGCUCCAGGGCGGGUUCCACAUGUCAACGACAUGUUCGUCAUGUUCAGGAACGGGUGUCCAGAUCAAACACGGAGACGAGUGUGGAGAAUGUCACGGUGAGGGUGUUGCGAGAAAGACCAAAGCCACGGAUAUUGAGCUUCCAUCUGGUGUUAAGGAUGGCUCGCGGUUCCGCGUUGCAGGAGCGGGAGAUUCUCCAGAGAUGACAACGGGUCCAGGAAUCUCAGUUUCAAAGGGUGAUCUCAUUGUUAGGGUGAGGGUCAAGCCUGACCCAAAUUUCACGCGUGAAAACAACGACAUCAUCUACAAGUGCGAGAUCCCUAUGACAACUGCAGCAUUGGGUGGCAGCAUCACCAUUCCGACUCUGGAAGGUGAAAGCAUCAGGCUCAAGGUUCCAGCGGGAACCCAGUCUGCAGAUGCCAUCACAAUUCCAGAGCGUGGGGUUCCUAUCAGCAAGACCCGGCGCGGGAACUUGAAGACCGUGUUGAAGGUGAAGAUUCAGAGACCAACCGAUGCUACACAGACUGCUCUGCUGGAGGCUUUGGCUUCUACUUUUAACGACAAAUCGGCUAACCGAAUGGACCCAGACUGGAAGGCCGAAGAUGUUGGCAAUGACGACGAGUCAAAGAACGACCACCCAUCCCAGCUCAAAAAGCUGGAGGGAUUUUUGGGAAACGCGUUCAAGAGAAUCCUACACAAGGACACGCCCGAGAAUAAGGACAAAUAA